AUAGAAACGUGCAUCUCGAGAGCUAGGGUUCUUACUUGUAAAAUUACGACAAAAACGUACGAAUCUUCAGAAGUAUUUGUCAAGAUGGCUAAUGAGCUUGAACUUGACUGCCUGGAGCUUGAAAGACUGUCAACACUGACGACCAGAGAUUCAGUGAGGACCCUACUAUCCAAACAGAUUGAGGCUCUGAAGGAACCACUGGAAGCCUCCAAACUACCCGAUGGGCAAGACCACAAGGAAGCUAAUGCGGUAACAGAAGAGGUGGGCCAGGGUCAGCAGGGGGCAGUAUCCAACGAUGAUAAACCUGUUGCAUCCUCAACAGGUACAACUGCUCCAGACAUACCUAAGCCAAGCGAGUCUCAGAAGGUACUGGUCUCCAAACUCCCAUCAAAGACCAUCACAUCGUAUGGUUGGGAUCAGUCUCCUAAGUUUGUCAAGGUGUAUGUCACGCUUAAUGGUGUCCAAUCUCUAGCUAAAGAUGACAUCACUGUCAACUAUACAUCUAGUUCCAUGAGUUUGAGAGUAAAGAAAUCAGAUUGUAUUCACCAGCUUGUUGUCAAUAGCCUUCUACAUCAAAUCAUUCCAGAUAAAAGUCAUCAUAAGGUCAAGACAGAUAAUUUAGUAAUCCUAUUAAAGAAGAGAGGAAAGAACUGGGCAUAUUUGACAGAAACUGAAAAGAAGGCCAAACAGAAAGGGAAACCUACGCCCCCUAAAACAGACACCGCAGACCCCUCAGCGGGCAUCAUGGAUCUCAUGAAGCAGAUGUACGAUGACGGCGACGAUGACAUGAAGCGAACGAUUGCCCAGGCAUGGACGCAAGCUCGCGAGAAAAAAGACACGAUGGAGCUCCCAUGAUAACACCAUGCCAAUAUAGUCUAAGCCUACAGACUUUAUUUGAGACAGUCGACUGAACAAUUAUAAAUGAAGCUUUGAAUCAAGCCUAAAUGUGUACGCCUCUGGAUGAGUUCUCAGGAGAAACAAUUAUGCCUGCAAGGAUACGUGUAAUUUCUUUGAUUCCUAGUCUUACAUUGCAGACCCUUUUCAUACUACCCCUAUUGGUAUUGGACUGUAGACAAGUAGA